AUGGUACUUAAUGUACGUCGCAUUCCACACUAUAUAAGACAAGGACGGACGGUUCUGCCUCUGAGAACGCCUCCUACCUCGACGCGGAAAACAUGGGUCGAGUCCUUCAGGGAGUGGCCCUCCUCGCCCUGGUCGCGUCGAGUCUCGCCACCUACGGCAGCAGGAUACGGGGAGGAACCUCAGGCGGCGCGCAAGGAGGUUUCGCGAGGGGUGGCGGCGCCAGCAGAGCCUACGCCGGGAGCAGGAGCUCGAGUCUCUUCGGAGGGGCGUCUGGCCCCCUCCCUCAGUGGAAGCAGUGGUGGAUAUGGCGGUUCCUCCACUGGAUCAGGUGGAAGCAGCAGUGGUGGAUUCGGUGGAACAGGUGGAAGCAGUGGUGGAUAUGGCGGUUCCUCCACUGGAUCAAGUGGAAGCAGCAGCGGUGGAUUCGGUGGAACAGGUGGAAGCAGUGGUGGAUAUGGCGGUUCCUCCACUGGAUCAAGUGGAAGCAGCAGUGGUGGAUUCGGUGGAACAGGUGGAAGCAGUGGUGGAUAUGGCGGUUCCUCCACUGGAUCAGGUGGAGGCAGCAGUGGUGGAUUCGGUGGAACAGGUGGAGGCAGUGGUGGAUAUGGCGGUUCCUCCACUGGAUCAGGUGGAGGCAGCAGUGGUGGAUUCGGUGGAACAGGUGGAAGCAGUGGUGGCUAUGGCGGUUCUUCCACCGGAUCAAGUGGAAGCAGCAGUGGUGGAUUCGGUGGAACAGGUGGAAGCAGUGGUGGCUAUGGCGGUUCUUCCACCGGAUCAAGUGGAAGCAGCAGUGGUGGAUUCGGUGGAACAGGUGGAAGCAGUGGUGGAUAUGGCGGUUCUUCCACCGGAUCAAGUGGAAGCAGCAGUGGUGGAUUCGGUGGAACAGGUGGAAGCAGUGGUGGAUCAAGUGGAAGCAGCAGUGGUGGAUUCGGUGGAACAGGUGGAAGCAGUGGUGGAUAUGGCGGUUCCUCCACUGGAUCAAGUGGAAGCAGCAGUGGUGGAUUCGGUGGAACAGGUGGAAGCAGUGGUGGAUAUGGCGGUUCUUCCACUGGAUCAAGUGGAAGCAGCAGUGGUGGAUUCGGUGGAACAGAUGGAAGCAGUGGUGGAUAUGGCGGUUCCUCCACUGGGUCAAGUGGAGGCAACAGUGGUGGAUUCGGUGGAACAGGUGGAAGCAGUGGUGGAUAUGGCGGUUCCUCCACUGGAUCAAGUGGAGGCAACAGUGGUGGAUUCGGUGGAACAGAUGGAAGCAGUGGUGGAUAUGGCGGUUCCUCCACUGGGUCAAGUGGAGGCAACAGUGGUGGAUUCGGUGGAACAGGUGGAAGCAGUGGUGGAUAUGGCGGUUCCUCCACUGGAUCAAGUGGAGGCAACAGUGGUGGAUUCGGUGGAACAGGUGGAAGCAGUGGUGGAUAUGGCGGUUCCUUCACUGGGUCAAGUGGAAGCAGCAGUGGUGGAUUCGGUGGAACAGGUGGAAGCAGUGGUGGCUAUGGCGGUUCUUCCACUGGAUCAAGUGGAAGCAGCAGUGGUGGAUUCGGUGGAACAGGUGGAAGCAGUGGUGGAUAUGGCGGUUCCUCCACUGGAUCAAGUGGAAGCAGCAGUGGUGGAUUCGGUGGAACAGGUGGAAGCAGUGGUGGCUAUGGCGGUUCUUCCACUGGAUCAAGUGGAAGCAGCAGUGGUGGAUUCGGUGGAACAGGUGGAAGCAGUGGUGGAUAUGGCGGUUCCUCCACUGGAUCAAGUGGAAGCAGCAGUGGUGGAUUCGGUGGAACAGGUGGAAGCAGUGGUGGAUAUGGCGGUUCUUCCACUGGAUCAAGUGGAAGCAGCAGUGGUGGAUUCGGUGGAACAGGUGGAAGCAGUGGUGGAUAUGGCGGUUCCUCCACUGGAUCAAGUGGAAGCAGCAGUGGUGGAUUCGGAGGAACAGGUGGAAGCAGUGGUGGAUAUGGCGGUUCCUCCACUGGAUCAAGUGGAAGCAGCAGUGGUGGAUUCGGUGGAACAGGUGGAAGCAGUGGUGGAUAUGGCGGUUCCUCCACUGGGUCAAGUGGAGGCAUCAGUAGUGGAUUAGGUGGAAUAGGUGGAAGCAGUGGUGGAUAUGGCGGUUCCUCCACUGGAUCAAGUGGAGGCAGCAGUGGUGGAUUCGGUGGAACAGGUGGAAGCAGUGGUGGAUAUGGCGGUUCCUCCACUGGAUCAAGUGGAGGCAGCAGUGGUGGAUUCGGUGGAACAGGUGGCAGUGGUGGAGGCGUUGAUAUGUAUGGUGGAUCAAGUGGAGGCAGCAGUGGUGGAUUAGGUGGAGGCAGUGGUGGAUAUGGCGGUUCUUCCACUGGAUCAAGUGGAAGCAGCAGUGGUGGAUUCGGUGGAACAGGUGGAAGCAGUGGUGGAUAUGGCGGUUCCUCCACUGGAUCAAGUGGAAGCAGCAGUGGUGGAUUCGGUGGAACAGGUGGAAGCAGUGGUGGCUAUGGCGGUUCCUCCACUGGAUCAAGUGGAAGCAGCAGUGGUGGAUUCGGUGGAACAGGUGGAAGCAGUGGUGGCUAUGGCGGUUCCUCCACUGGAUCAAGUGGAAGCAGCAGUGGUGGAUUCGGUGGAGUAGGUGGAAGCAGUGGUGGAUAUGGCGGUUCCUCCACUGGGUCAAGUGGAAGCAGCAGUGGUGGAUUCGGUGGAACAGGUGGAAGCAGUGGUGGAUAUGGCGGUUCCUCCACUGGGUCAAGUGGAAGCAGCAGUGGUGGAUUCGGUGGAACAGGUGGAAGCAGUGGUGGAUAUGGCGGUUCCUCCACUGGAUCAAGUGGAAGCAGCAGUGGUGGAUUCGGUGGAGCAGGUGGAAGCAGUGGUGGAUAUGGCGGUUCCUCCACUGGAUCAAGUGGAAGCAGCAGUGGUGGAUUCGGUGGAACAGGUGGAAGCAGUGGUGGAUAUGGCGGUUCCUCCACUGGAUCAAGUGGAAGCAGCAGUGGUGGAUUCGGUGGAACAGGUGGAGGCAGUGGUGGAUAUGGCGGUUCCUCCACUGGAUCGAGUGGAGGCAGCAGUGGUGGAUUCGGUGGAACAGGUGGAAGCAGUGGUGGAUAUGGCGGUUCCUCCACUGGAUCGAGUGGAGGCAGCAGUGGUGGAUUCGGUGGAACAGGUGGAAGUGGAGGUGUUGAUAUGUAUGGUGGAUCAAGUGGAGGCAGCAGUGGUGGAUUCGGAGGAGCAGGUGGAAGCAGUGGUGGAUAUGGCGGUUCCUCCACUGGAUCAAGUGGAAGCAGCAGUGGUGGAUUCGGUGGAACAGGUGGAAGCAGUGGUGGAUAUGGCGGAUCUUCCGGAAGUAGUGAAGGCGUUGAUAUGUUUGGUGGAUCAAGUGAAGAAAGUAGUGGUGGAUUUGUUGGAUUCAUAGGUGGAGCAGGUGGAAGCAGUGGUGGAUAUGGUCGGUCUUCCGGAGACAGUGGAAGUGGUGCCUCUCCGGGUGGAGUCGGGACGGGCGCGGCCGGUGUGGCGACCUCAGCGUCCUCCAGCGAGGAGGACGCGGCGGGCGGGCUGGCCUCCUCGGGGGCGGCGUCCAGCGAGGAGUGCUAGGCCCGCGGCUGGAACAAGGCGCCGGGCCCUGGACGAAACAAAUAACAAACCGCUGUAACGUUAAUGCUUGUUAUUGUA